ACUCAAACUCUUAUUGUGAACUCAGUUAAUAAUCUUGAUUCCUGAUUGGGUUGCUGCAGAAUGCACUUCAUACUAGGAAACAGUUGAGAUGUAAAAACAGGCAACGUGCUACGGAAAGAAGAGGAUGUCGGCAAUAUAGAAGGAACUAGACCGCAGAUGCUUCAGCAAGGAAGAACCAAUCUUGUUUAGUGGAUCUUCAUGCCUGAUUGGGUUGCUGCGAAAAACCGACACGUACCAGACGUAGAACGUAGAGGACGGCGGUGAUACUUAAGCAACUGGACCGCAGAAACAUUUGCAAGAUAGAACCAAACGCAACUUCGAUUAUACGCUGCUAGAGCUCUCGUUUGGCGCAGUGAUAUCAGCUAAAAGCGAAAACAUUCAAUUCGCUGCGGAAUGCCAAAGCAAUUUCAAUCUCACCGAUGCAACGAAUUCACGGAGUCUCACAUAAAGUUGAACGAGAGCGCCACAGCCGAAAACAAGCGAAGCGAAAUGAGCAACAGUUGCCCACGACACAAUUUGACUUAGAGAGGUUGUCCAAACUCUGAAAUAGCUUAUAGCCGCGGCUAGCGGCUAGUGGCUUCAACACCAUCAACAAUCAGUUGCAAUAACGCGUUCAAACGAUUAAGAUCGGUCCGGAACGGUGAGUCUUAAAGAAAAGUGUUAAAACGUUAACCUAAGUGUACCCACUUUUGCAUCGAAGUUUUAUUAAAAGAAAGCAGCGAAAAAAACAAAAUCAUUAAAAAUGGUGGAAACAGUAGUUACCGUUGAACGCACCACUACCUCACAAACAACUGCACCCAGCGGUGGCGGUGGCCUGAGCGCACUGAAAAUCAAUAUCGAAUACUUUACGACAGUGCCCGGCAUAUUGAAACUUGUACAAUUCAUUCUUGGCAUUAUAUGUAUGGCCUGCGCUUCACCUGCUUACCUUUCGGCUACAUCAUUCUUCCUCUUUGUGGUUGUCAUUUCGUUCAUUGCGACAAUUUUAUGGAUUUUCGCCUAUCUUUUGGGUAUACGUGAAGCUCUGAAUGUGGCUGUCAACUGGAUAUUCACAGAAUUGAUCAACACCGCGAUAUGCGCCCUGCUGUACUUCAUCGCGUUCGUCGUGCAAUUGGCCAAGUGGUCCAGCUAUCCGGGCAGCCACGCGUAUGGUUCAAAUAUCGCGGCCGGCGUAUUCGGUGUAUUCAAUUUUUUGGCCUACGCCGCUGGCACAUAUUUCCUCUACUUGUCGCACAAGGGCGCAGCUGCCUACUAGCCGAAGCGCGAAUGAACAAAAUUAAGAAGAAAAGCAAAUAGCAAAUUCUACAGCAACAGCAACAUGUAGCUCACCUCAAACCAGAACUUAUGCAUACCACCAAAAGCACUGAGCACAACAACACAUACAUACAUACAUACAUAUUGGAGCAAUGAUAAACUGAUGCAACCAUAUGGCAACACCAUUGAUGUAACAUGUAAGUGUAGCUCAUUGCUGUAAUUAGUCAAACAACAACAAGAACAAAGAAGAGAAUGUUUAAAAAAUCAUAAAGCUAGUUCUUUAAACACUUUUACUGGUAGUUUUCGACAUUUAAAAUGUUCAUGGAAAUUUUAAUUUUAGUAAUAGGCGAUAAAUGUAACUUUGUAUGAUUAAUAUUAACUAUUAUAUAUUAUUUUGGUUCUAAUUUAAUUAGCUGCGCUGCCUUUUACAUACAAACAUACCCACAUACAUACAUACAUAUAUGAACUUUUUUGCAUUUUUGUAAAGUAAAAAUCUUCUUAUUAACAAGCAUAAUAUUCAAAAAUUUUGAAAAUCACUAAAAAUGAAAUAUCUCAAACUUCAAGUUUUUCUACUUUUAUAUGUCGUAACAUUUUAAAUAUAAACAUUUGCUCAGCACUAAGCGCACUAAAAUACAUAUCUACAUACAUAUUUUGUAUUCAAAUAUUUCAAGGCAUCAAAAUGCCAUAAAUUAUGCUACAAACUCUUUUACACAAAAGGCGGAAAAAGGCGAAAUAUGCAAAUACAAUAUAAAGUAUGUAUAUAUGUUUUGGUUGUGAAUAUGUUUCACAGAAGAAACGGUCUAAUUUUCAAGCAAUUAGUUUCUAAUAUUUUAAAUAAUGAAUUAAAAUAAUUUUUUACAUUUUUGGUGUGCAGUAAAGUUGUAUGUAACUGUGCAACAAAUAAUAUUUAUAAUAAAAAUAACUGCAAUUUCAUUGUUUGUUAUAUUAAUAUUUGUAAGAAAUGAAAGAUACACAGCUGUUUUUAAUUAAUAAAGUUAUGUUUUAUUUAAAGUGAAUGAAA